UGUACCUGUAAUGCUGGCUAGUUAGGGGACAGAGGCAGAAGGAUCACUGAGCCUGGGAGAUUGAGGACAGUCUGGAAAACACAGAAAGACCGCUUCUCAAGAGAAAAUAGCCCUGUAAGGAGCAGAUUCUGCUGCCAAGAAAACCCACUUCAUGUUAGUCCUGGCACUGGAGGCGCUCAGAGUGUUUGCUUACAGUCCUCCCGGACGCUUAGUACAAGCAAACAAAGGGCGCUUUCUCCCCACCCCUCAACAGCUGUGGGUAACCUGGAGGCAGGAGGGCCUCUCCCUCACGGUCUUUGGGUAUCCUCUGUGUGCUUUGGGGGACCCUGUCCUGGCCCUGCAUGUGGUUGUUGCAUCUAGGUGUGUCUCUCCUGUGAACCCAGCCGUCUCUCAGUCUUCCCAGGCCUCAAGAACGUGACCAUGUUGUGCUCACAGCACUUGAAGCUGCUGCCCCUCAGUCAGCUCCAGGCCUUUCUGUCCACGCACUUGCCCAUCGUUGCUCUAAUCCGGUGCCGUGGGGGACAUGAGGCUCCAGGACACUGACCCUCUCACCCCAGGACUCAACUCUGGCAAGGGACACCCAGACCGUCUCCACACUGGGAGAACCUUCUUUGAGCCCAGGCAUCUCUUCCACGCCUGGUGUCACCAGCACUCAGGUGGGGCAGACAGCAGCGACUCCCAUCUGAAGCCGUGUUUCCAUCCUCUGACGAAACAUACAAGCGCUGUACCCCCCGUGUCCCGACAAGGCGUGCGUGUUUACCUUGCCCGGAGUUCAGAGUGCUCUAGACACUCACGACAAGUGGCGCCCGAACAGGGACUCCGAAGGUCGCUUAGGAAGGUUUUGGUUAUAUCUCCACAGAAAAUAGAAUUCAGCAGUGGGUCCCUGGACGUUGGAUCAGGACCCGCGUCUCCAGAUCCUGUUCACCAGCCCCGGAGACAACUCCCCAAGGAACCGGAACCGUGCCUUCAGAAGCGAGCGCAAAACCAGCUAGAAGCUGAGGAUGCUGAGUUUGUUCCUAUCGCAGCCAUGGCCAGAUUACAGCUAAGAAAAUCCCGCCGCUCACAGCGACCAAAUUUAAAUCCCCUCCCUACAUGGGGACAAUUAAAGAAAUUGACCAUAGAAGGGCAACGGCUUGUCCUUCAAGCAGGAAAGCCUUUAAACCCUAAAAACUUGUUUUUAGCUUUAUGUGCCUUGCUCACUGUUGCGUCGGGGACUGAGGUACCUCCACAUUCGUACUGGGCAUAUAUUCCAAACCCCCCUUUAUUAAAACCUGUAAAAUGGGAAACUAGUGAUAUUUUACUUUAUACCACACCUAGAGAAAUUUUGUCAGCACCGUGGGCUGAUUUAACCCCCCACAAUCAAGAUGAUGGGACACUAUUCAAUUUUACUUAUUAUGGUAAUCAAAGGCCUAUUUGCAUUGGGGAACCGCCUUGCAUCCCUCUGGGAUGGCAGUAUUGGAUUCAACAUAGAAUAAAAGCAGGCAACAAAAGGACAAGGCUUCAAGCCUUGGCUGCUCAAACCUUUAAUGUUACCUAGAAAAAUUUAACAGCACCUGAUACAAAUACAUUUCCUGUAUGCCCUAAAUUCACUUAUAAAAAUAUUUCUUAUAAUCCCAUAAUUUGACAACUAUAUAUGGGAAAAUUUGCUAAAAAUAUUGAUGGGUAUAUUAUUUGGGGACCAUUUGGAAAAUUCGUUAAUAGAUGUGCUAAAUAGAAUGAGACAAGAUGUAAUCUCUCUGUUGUGUAUAGUCUUCCAGAUCCAAAAAAAAUAACUGACGGAGCUCCUAUAUUUCAACAAAAGACGGCUCUCUUGUGGUGGGGAGAUGGUGGAAUCGCUAACCCUGCUGUUGCAGCCGAAGAAUACCCUCAUCACCUUCAAAAUCAUAUUUGGAAGAUCCCAGCCGCUAUACAACCUGUAACCUUGUACAAUGUUUCAUAUUCAGGGACUAGUCGAUCUGUAUCUACUACUUAUAAUUUUACUAGGUUUAAAAUGUAUAAUAUUACUGUUUGUGCACCUCUACCUUAUGUCUUUUUAGUGGGAACUUUUAAUUUUACACAUUUUUCUUGUACUUGUUUAAAUUGUCAAUUGUUUACAUGCUUAAAUAGCACACUAAAUUUCACUAAGCCUUAUACAGUUAUGCUGUUACAACAAAAAACUCAUAUUUGGUUGCCUAUAAAUUUAACUCGACCUUGGUCUCAAGACCCGGUAAUUUCUGUUACUACUGAAUUUUUUAAACAUCUGUUAAAACGUACAAAAAGAUUUAUUAGAAUAGUGGUUGCUGUACUGUUAAGUCUGAUAACUGUAGCCUCCCUAGCAGCAGUCUCAGAAAUAGCUUUACAAACCUCUUUGCAAGAAAAACAUGUUAUAAAAUUAUGGCAUAAAAAUUCUCAUAAACUUUGGUUAACUCAGUGGCAAAUAAACGCCAGACUACAACAACAAAUAGACCUCCUUAAACAAACAGUUAAAUAGAUGGGUAGAAAAAUAUUGGCUCUUCAGCAUCAAGUGUUUUUAAAAUGUGAUUAAAAUUCAACUACUUUCUGUAUAACCCAACGACCUUAUAAUCAAACAAAACAUAAAUGGGAAAUGAUUAAAAUGUAUCUAAAUGAAAACACCUCUGCCCAGGAGAAAAUAAAAUCUUUGCAUAAUCAAAUUGACAAGGAUUUUGCAAAGCAAAAUGAUGAUAAAUCCCUAGCACAAUUCGCGCAAUUGCUUGCUCAAUCUUUAAAAGGAUUAGAUUCCAAAGGAAUCUGGCAGAGCAUUACCCACACUUUUAGUGACAUGGGACUUAGUUUAAUUAUAGUUCUCAUUGCCAUAGUUCUUGUGUAUUUUUACUGCAUAAGACGAAAUGCUAUUAAUAACCUGAUCUUAUGAAAAUUGUUGUUAAAAAAUAAAAAGAAAGAAAGUGUGGGGGAUGAGGUGUCACUUUGUAGGCCCAACCCCCUCUAACCUGCAAUUUACAAUAGCCGCCCUGGUAUGCGAGAAGGAGGUAGAACGGGAAUGCCUGUUCUCAGUGAGCCCUCACCCUCUGGAAUCCAUACUGUGAGCUGGCUUUGUUUUGCAGAAGUCUUGAGGAAGUGGCUGGCCACCCUUUGUGACACUAACAACAGACAAAUUAACAACAUUCUUGAGCUAAUGAAUUUCUUCCUGGGCUAGAGAAGUUGUGAGAACUGGUUGUGAUUAUUUACUUCACUUAGAUAGUUUUAGAAUAAACAUUGUAGUCUGUCACGUUGUAGCUUGCCACAAAGAAUGCCUUUUCACUACUUAAUUAUCUGGGCUCUGUGAAUUGAUCGGGUUUACUAUAUAUAAAUCCUAAAAUAAAGAUUGUGCAUACAGUGCAGUACAGUGCAGUAUAACGCG